CGGGGCGGCCGCUGCCCCCGCCAGGCGGGGAACCUGCACGGCGGCGCUUGGCAGCAUCAUCCGCGGUUGCGGAGCUGACACACGCUUCCAUCCUCCUCUCUCCCGGCAGCGGCUCACACGCGCCUCGCCGCGGGCGGAGCGGAGCGAGGGACGCCGCGGCAGACAAAGCAAAGAUGGCAGGGAUCCUCGCCUGGUUCUGGAACGAGCGGUUCUGGCUGCCGCACAACGUCACCUGGGCGGACCUGCAGAGCACGGACGAAGCCACCUUCCCGCAGGCGGAGGACCUCUACCUCGCCUUCCCCCUGGCCUUCUGCAUCUUCAUGAUCCGGCUGCUCUUCGAAAGGUUCGUUGCUAAACCAUGUGCCUUAGGCCUUAAAGUCCAAGCCAAUGGACCGCAGAAAGCUCAACCUAAUGCUAUCCUGGAAAAGGUUUUCACAGCUAUUACAAAGCAUCCAGAUGAGAAGAGGCUGGAAGGCCUCUCCAAGCAGCUGGACUGGGAUGUACGCAGCAUUCAACGUUGGUUUCGACAAAGACGCAACCAGGAAAAACCCAGCACCCUUAGGAAGUUCUGUGAGAGCAUGUGGAGAUUUACAUUUUACCUUUAUAUAUUUACCUAUGGAAUACGGUUCCUGAAAAAGACACCCUGGCUCUGGAAUACCAGGCAGUGCUGGAGCGGGUAUCCAAAUCAGCCACUGAUGCCUGAUGUUCAUUAUUACUACAUAGUUGAAUUGUCAUUCUACUGGUCCUUACUGUUUUCUCAAUUCAUUGACGUCAAAAGAAAGGAUUUUGGAAUCAUGUUUACACAUCACAUCGUAGCAGUCAUCCUGAUUACCUGCUCAUACAUAACCAAUUUGACACGAGUGGGAACCUUGAUCUUAUGUCUCCAUGAUGUGUCUGAUAUUGUCCUAGAGGCUGCCAAAAUGGCAAACUAUUGCAAGUGUCAAAAACUGAGUGACCUUCUGUUCCUUACAUUUGCCGUUGUCUUCAUUGUCACUAGGCUUGGCAUAUAUCCUUUUUGGAUAUUAAACACAACAUUGUUUGAACUGUAUGAAGCUCUGGGCAAUUUUCCUGCCUUUUGGAUCCUCAAUGURCUGCUUAUGGUUCAUCAAAGUCUCAACUGUAUUUGGUCUUACCUAAUCAUAAAGACAGCCUACAAAGCUAUUUCAAAGGGCAAGGUAGCAAAGGAUGCCCGAAGUGAUGUUGAGUCAAGCUCAGAUGAGGAAGAAACAGYACCUCGCUCAAAGGCCCUGCACAGCUCUGUCGCCACGAAUGGGACCAGUGGUGCCAGUGGGACAAAUGGGUAYCUUACUGGUGGCACUUGCUCAGAGGAGCAUUAAUCCUCCAGUUCAAUCACAAGACACGAGGAGAAUGAACUGUUUGCUACUGGAAGUAAAUUAUAAGUUGUGAAUGCGGUUUAUUCAURUAUUUCAGCAUCAGAAAAAAUUAGGAGUAUCAAAGCAUUCUGAUUGUGCACUGCCAUGUUUGCUGUUUUCAAAUGAAGACAGCACACCAUUCUGUAUACGUAGGCAUGCUGUAUGUGUAUGUACCUGACACAAUGGGAGCAGUAUUUUCACUUGUACUGUCUGAAAUACUAUUUAUUUUUUAUUCUUUUGGGAACUUUCGGACAAAAGGGAAUAUCCAUUCUCAACCUUCAUGUCUUGGAUUCUCGGUGAUGGAGAGCAUCAUGCUCAGAUCUCUUCUGUCCAUCCCUGUUGCUUUUUCUGAAUCUGCUAUAAGUAAUAGUUGCUUGAUUUGUUACUUAYGGUAAGAUAGCACAUAGCUUUAUAGAUUUUAGAUCUGCUUCAGAUAUUUUUGCUAUCUUUGUGUUUAAAAAUACUGGUUUUGAAAUUGCCUAUCAAAUCACAGUUACUGUUCCUCCAAAAUAAUUUGGGAAAAAAUGUGGUAAUUGUGGGUUAUUAUUUUAUCAUAAUUUAAAAUUCAAUUUGGUGGUUAACUGCAUUAGAAGUAGACUUGAUUUGUUGUGCAAAUACCCAAAAUCAUUGAUGUCAGCACUUAGGAUAAAUUCAUUGUUUCUUUUUUUUUUCCUUUUUUUGCCCCUUCAAUUUUUGACCUCUACAGAUUUUAGCUUUUUACAAAGAUUCCAUGAAAAAUGSUAUUUUUUCAAAUGCACCAUUCUGGAUCCAGACCUAACUCCUGAAAUUGCUCUUGCAUGUUCACCUGAUUGAGAGCAGGAGUGUAAGGGAUAAAACAGCAGAUGAAAAGUUCAUUGCUUCCUCAGAAACAGCUCAGUCUAGGUAUUGUUCUCAAAAUUACUGCUCAAAAUUGCUUGGCAGGGUGAAGAGAGAGAAGGCAUAAUGUCAUACAUUACUAGAAUUAGUUUAUUUUAAAUGUGUGAGAACCUGAGCAAAAUUCACUUAGCAUAACUCACAGCAACCCUUAAAUUCUCAGCAGUAUUUCAUCACCUCUAUAAAUAAAAUUAAGGUUGUCUAUAAAAUAUUCCUGUAUCCUUUUUUAAUCAGGAUUUUCCAAUAGCAUCCAAAAGAAGACAAAGUAACAAGUAACACCUAAAGUAAGCAUCUUUUAAAACAUUAUAUACAUACUUCCAGUCUCUAGACAAAGUUUGGUGCAGGAUGCUAAGGAUCAUACAACUCUUGCAGGACACUCUUCUGUGAUUCGUGACAGUAGUGCCAAAAGUAGGCAAGGUUCUUGGGUAACAAAUUCUAUGCAACCUACUGUUCAACAGUAUUAUGUGUGUGCACACAGAACCCAUGUGCUUAUAGACCAAAGACUUACAUAUAUAUAUAUAUAUAUACACACAGAUAUAUAUAUAUAUAUAUUUUAAAAAAAAAGGUUUUUUAAAAAAGGGAGGAACAAACCAGGAAAAAAAUCUUAAAUGCAUCUUCUGUAUACAAAGGGAUUGGAGUGCUGUGUUCAUUUGGAAAUCUGAGCCAUGAAGUAAUUUCUGAUUCCUUCCACCUAUGCAAAUAGUAAAAUAUAGAUGGUUUCUGAUGCCAUAAAACAUAUUUAAAGACUAUUUUAUAAAGACUCUGUUGAAGAAAGUUGUGUUGUCACUUCUUUCUUUUGAAAACUCAGAUUUAUCCUAUUCUACUCUUCACUCUUGAAAACUUCUAAAACCUUUAUCAUCCAUAGAAACUCCUACGUGUUAGGAACAAGGUGUGCUAAAAGCAAGGUUGGAAUGGCAUGAAUGGAAGUACCUCAACUUAGUAAACAAUAUAGGUAAGAAAAAUUAAAAAUUGUAAAUUAUAAAAGAGCUGUCUGUUCUACUACCCACAAUGCACCAUUUGAACAAGCCAGAUAAUCUUGUAAUCCAGCAGCUGCAUAGCUUAUAUAUCCAUGAGUAUAUCCGAGGGAAUAAGGGAGCCUUACUUAAAUCUCUUCCCCAGAAAGUUUCUCUGCCUGUCUCCUGUGCAUUUGAUUUCAUACAGAUACCUGUAGGGCAGGUUAUAYAUGUGAAAAUACCCUGAUUGCAAUAGAAAGUAUCCUAUCCAUGGUGUUUGAAGRUGCAGCUGUGUAGUAAUUACUGUAAAGAUGAUGACAGAAUUUUAAAAUAAAACCAUCCUGGGAUAUAUUAAAUAAAGAUUAUAAUUUGUGAAAUCUGAUCUAAGAUUGUAAUGGGGAAUAUCAGUUUAAACACACCUCUUUCGUGGUGUUAUUACCUCCACUGAAGCAUUUCCCUUCUGCAAAGAUGGUUACAAAGAUGGCAUUCUGGCAAAACAUCCCAUAUUCUUACAUGGGAACAGAAUGUUGCUCUGAACUGUCAAUAUGUACAACAUAGGCAACAUGCUGCAGUGUUGGUGAUACCAGGGCACAGAGCAGUAGGCAACAAUCCCUGUGCCAGAGGCCUUUAGUCCCUGUUGGGCCCCUUCAGCAAUGCUCUGUCGUGUUGGUUCAGAUGUACAGUCAAGGCUACAGCCCUUGAGAUGAUUUACCAGCACGGCCUGUGCUGUUAGUGUAUCAUGGAAUCAUAGAACAUUAAGGGUUGGAAGGGACCUUAAAGGUCAUUUAAUCCCAAUCCCCCUGCCUCAUACUAGACCAGGUUGCUUAAGGCCUUAUCCAACCUGGCCUUGAACAMUGUCAGUGUUGGGGCAUCCACAGCUUCCCUGGGCAAGCUGUUCGGUAUCUUACCACCCUCGAAGUAAAGAAUUUCUUUCUUUAUCUAACUAAAUUUUCUCUCUUUCAAUUUGUACCCAUUACUCCUUGUCCUAUUACUGCAGUUCCUGGCAGGGGGUCCCUCUCCAGCUUCCCUGUAGAUCCCCUUCAGACACUGGAAGGUCGCUGUGAGGUCUCCACACAACYUUCUCUUCUCCAGGCUGAACAGCCCCAAUUUUCCCARCCUGUCUUCGUAGGGAAAGUGUUCUAAUCCUCUAAUCAACUUCAUGCCCCUCCUCUGGACCUUCUCCAAYCAUUCCAUGUCCUYCUUAUGCUGGGGACACCAGACCUGGCUGCAGCACUCUGGGUGGGGUCUCAUGAGAGCAGAGGGGCAGAAUCCCCUCCCUUGCCCUGCUGUCCCACUCCUUUGGAAGCAGCCCRGGAUACAUUUGGCUGUUGGGGCAGCGACUGCACACUCAUGGCUCAUAUUAAGUCUCUCCACAGGGCUGCUCUCAAUCACUUCUCCACCCAACCUGUGGGAGUGUGUGGGAUUGCCAUGACCCAGGUGUAGGACCUUGCACUUGCCCUUUUUGAACUUCAUGGGGUUUCCAUCGGCCCCCAUCUCAAGCCUGUCAAGGUCCCUCAGUGCCCACUGUUAAAUGGUGCAUGUGGGAUUGAAACUCUUCCUUUGAGGUUUCAAUUCAGUUGCAUCUGUGAUAUCCUAAAGCAUGUACACAGUUCACCUUGGUUCAGCUCACUCCCAAUGACAUAUUUAUCCCCUAUAAUCUUGGCUUUUUGGAGUCCAUUCUUAGUCAAGGAUAAACUUCAUACAGAUAUGUCUGGAAAGUAAGGGGGCUAAGACAUUCAAAUGACACAUUUGGGGAAAUAGGGUUAAGAGGAAGCACUGAGAACUUCACCAGCCUUUGCUAAGCAAUCACUGAUCUUUCAAGCUAGAGGUUUAUCAUAAAAAUUACAAAUUCAUGUUUUUUUUCUGUCUCUAGCGGGAAGGACCAAGUGUUUUAGUGAUCAGACAUGGCAGUGAUCGGACAUGGCAAUGCUUUGAUUCAUUGUUUAAACYAAUGGAUGUGAAAACUUUGGCUUCAUCUUCCAUGCUCCAGAGAAAAUGUCAUGCAAUUGUUUUCUUUAUUAUUUGAAUUUGUUUGCUUUUCUGGUGAAGAGCUUUGCAAGGUGCAUUUGGAGGCCAUCAAGUAUUUAGAGGUUAAUUGCACAUAUUUCAGAAAAAUUACUGAAAUUAUUUGCAUGGUUCAUGGUAAAUGUGAGACCUUAAAAGGUUCUGYAUAUUCACACCUUUUGUAGAUUGUCAUUUAGUAAUUCUAGAAAUGAGAGUUUGUACUCUAUAACCUCUUUYGUCUUCAAGUUCUAUGCUCCUUUUUUAUAAACAGUGGUUGAGAUGUUGAAGUAGAAAAAGGRGGAAAUUAGAUCCUAUUAGUAAAUAGUAAGAAUUUGUCUUCUCUCCUAGACAGCCCAGAUUAUAGUAAAAUAAGAUUCAGGUCACCCUUUGUUUACUGUUUCCCAUACUGGCAUAUUUUGUAUCAAAAGAAAAAUAUGUGAUGAGUUGGUGGUUUUGUUUGGUUGUUUUUCAUWAAGAACAACAUUGCAGAAAAUGGUAGAAAUACCUGGUCAAACAACAAGGGUGGACAUUGGAGUCUUUUGGGUCCUGAUCAAUGUUAAACAGUGCUAGUUUUAAAAUACCAAAGUGUCCCAUGCUGUUUGCUUGUUGCCCUUUUGUAGUUUUUUCUAUUUGUUAUUUAUUUAAUGAUUCCAGCAGAAUUGGUACAGGUGUCACAGCUUCAUAUCUCCUGCCUCAGCCUGUGACCGUUCUGUGACCAUGUGMUUGCCAAUGCCAAAUGCUUUUUCUGAGACCCAAGCAAAUGCACUAAAGCUUUGCUUACAGUGAAGUGAUUCUUGUCUUAAAUCUGUAUCUGAUUCAGGUGAAAAUCACUUUCUGGUUCUGACAGGACAUGAGGGUGAAAGCCGUGACCAUGCAGCACAUCACUGAUGAUCAAUUUGAUUGAGACACUCCAUGCUUUACACAGAGUGCUCUAAUAGGAAGCSUAAUGCCCAUUUCAGUCAUCCUAUUACCACAGCCUUCUAUAUCUCAGAGAAAUAUGGGCUACCAUUGGUUUUAUACAGUUGAUGCUUUGGUAUUUUUUUAAUCUCUUUGCUACAACUCAUUUUUGUAUGUCUCCUAUUGUCUACUUCCAGUGACAUUUGUGGGAGAGGAGUAUUGAAUACUUUUUACCCUUUCUGUAAUGUAGACCCUCUUAGGCCUAACUUCAAUGUUCUGCAAACUACAGUUGCCUUUAAACCAUGAAGCAAAACCAGUUUGUAUUACCUGUUUUGACUGGUUUUUAUUUGGAACAGAGACCUAAUAGGAACUUCGGUAAGACAACAUUAUUUUUCUCUUUUCUUUUUAGAAAACUCUAGUGGAAGUUUGGAAAGGUGAUGUACAUGAAUAGCCCUUAAAUGUUAAAUAUUUCUGAUUGCAGUUGCAAUGAAAACACAGUGUUUGAGUGUGUCUGUACAGAAUUCUCAGUCUUUGAAAUUGUUUUCAAUUAAAAAAACUGGAAGAAAAACCUAAAAUGAUGUUUUGGAGUAACAUCAGUGAUCACACACGUCAGACAAAAAGCAAAAAUUAUURUCUUACAUGACUUAAAAUUUGUGCAACAAAACAUAUUUUCUGGCUUCUGUUGAGCUUCAGUUUUUUGCUGUUCUGGGGUUUAACUUUACRUAAGUUCUCAUACCAUACUGUGCAAGUUGACUUGCAAGUCUGGAUGAGACAGAUGACACAUUUUCACCUGUGUUUUCAUGACAAUCCUGUGCUUGAGCAACUCUUUCAGGAAUGCAACGAUGUGUAGGAACUCCACUGUCCCARAUACAGUGAUGCACUAGCUAGAAGUCCUUACAUGUACAGCUAUUCUGUGGWACUUUGGGAGUUAUUUUAUCUUUUAUUUGACUGGGUUUGGGGUUUUUCUAAUAUGGAAAAUAAUUAUUCCUCAUAAAAUCUCUGGAACCAACCAGUAUUGUGGGCUAUUUUAAUUUGGAGACACUUUCAUAAUAAACAUAAGUAU